UCCGUGUGCUGACAGAUUGGAAAGAAAUAUUCAAAUUAUCCUCGACGUACAAGUACGCGUUUCGUUGAAUUUGACCUCUUCGUGUUGACGGAUUACAGUCCGGUUAGAUCACGUUAGGUGCAGAGAGACGGUCGACGGUUUGUUGUAAGGUUAGAACACUUGAGUGAGAGCGCAGUUCACAGCUUAUGCACUUGAUCGAAUGAAGCACGGAUGUAGUCGCAGACACGAUUCGAAAUGAAUAAUUUUGGCGGUGGAUUUUGAUAUUAUAUGAUCUCCGUGUGGUUGGGAAAACAGAGGGGGGUCUGGAACACACGCAAAAGGUUAUCUAAGUUCGCAGCACAAAGUACAGUUGACCCGCGCGUGAUAAGUAUCGUCGCGACGCAAUUCUCUAUGCCUACUCUUCGUGAUCAGCAGUAUAUCCUCCCACAGUCUUUUUCAGUCUCGUAAAUAGUGCAGACAGUGCCCUUUCAUUCUCGCUUCUCUCUCUCUUCAUUCUUUUUCAAACCGUAACCGUAACCAUUUCGUCAUUGGAUUUUGGUUUAACAGAAGUUUAGGGAGAAUGUGCAGCUACCAAGGAAAUAAUACUUUUAUAUAACGAUCAAAUAUUGCAAAGAAAGUUAUCACAAUCUUAUCUGCAUUAUACGAAUAAUGUAUGUUAGUUCUACGUCAUUAAUUGCAAAUACGGUGAUAAAAGUUUGCUCCCGUAAAUUUCGAGGUAGCAAUUCUAUAAGUUUGCUGAAUUUCGCGGCUUCGACGAGCACGCGAUUUAUUCGUGGAUUAUCUAUUUCGACUAUGAAAGUGUUAGAUCCGUCAGUACAAGAGCACGCAGAAAAUAAAAAAAUCAUGGAAAAAUUGCAAUAUCCCAAUACACGUCGAGAUGAUACCAUUGUCGAUAAUUAUCACGGUGUCGAGGUGAAAGAUCCUUAUCGAUGGUUAGAAGAUCCUGAUUCUGAGGAAACUAAAGCAUUUGUCGAUGCUCAAAAUGCAAUUACUAAGCCCUAUUUGGAAUCGUGCAAGGCCCGUCAGGAUAUUUAUGAAAGGCUCAAGCAACUGUGGGAUUUUCCUAAAUACUCGUGCCCAGCCAGAUAUGGAGACAAAUAUUAUUUCUAUAAGAACACUGGUUUGCAAAAUCAAAGUGUCCUGUAUGUGCAAGACACUCUGGAUGGUGAACCAAGAGUAUUUUUGGACCCAAAUACUUUAUCAGAAGAUGGUACUGUUGCUAUCAGUAGCAGUGAAUUUAGCGAGGAUGGUAGUAUAUUUGCAUAUGGAUUGUCUAGUAGUGGAUCCGACUGGUGUACAAUCCAUUUCAUGAACACUAAAACAGGUGAAAAGUAUCCAGAAAUUUUGGAAAAAGUGAAGUACUCUCCAAUAACUUGGACUCAUGAUAACCGCGGAAUAUUUUACGGCUGCUAUCCGGAACAAAAAGGUAAAACUGAUGGUUCCGAGACAGAAAGUAAUAUAAACCAGAAGCUCUGCUAUCACGUUGUGGGUACGCCUCAGUCGAAAGACGUGAUUGUUGUCGAAUUUCUUGAAGAGCCUUUAUGGAGAAUAGGUGCACAAGUUUCGGAUUGCGGGAAAUGGCUAAUAAUCACACCUGUGAAAGACUGUAGAGACAAUUUAGUUUACUUUACGGAAUUAAAGCCGGGGAUGCAACUGAAUGAGAAAUUACAAUUAACUCAAGUAGUCGAUAAACUUGAAGCUGACUAUGAAUAUGUAACAAACGAUGGCACCAAGGCCAUAUUUCGAACGAACAAAGGCGCACCAAAUUACAAGUUAAUAGCUAUAGAUUUAUUGGACUAUAAGCAGGAAAAGUGGGUUGAUCUUUUACCAGAACAUCCUGAUAAUGUAUUAGAUUGGGCAUGUGCAGUUGAUGGUAAUAAAUUUGUAGCUUGCUAUAUUGAACAUGUUAAGAGUGUCUUACAAGUACAUAGUUUAAUAAAUGGUGAAAAACUCAGAUCACUUCCGCUUGACGUUGGUACGAUAGUCAAUUUUGCGGGACAGAAGAAAUACUCUGAAAUAUUUUAUCAGUUUAAAUCAUUUUUGAUCCCUGGUAUUAUAUACAGAGUUGAUUUGAAAAAUGAAGAAGAACCGCAAGUAUUGCGGGAAAUCAAAGUAAAAAAUUUUGAUGCCUGUUUGUACAAAACUGAUCAAAUAUUUUAUACGAGUAAAGAUGGUACGAAGAUUCCGAUGUUCAUAGUAAUGAGACAUGACGCAGUUUUGGAUGGUUCUAUGCCGGUCUUAUUGUACGGUUACGGAGGCUUUAAUGUGAGCAUUCAACCGACAUUUGGCGUUACAAAGCUGGUUUUUGUUCAGCAUUUAAACGGCGUACUAGCAGUGGCUAAUAUACGCGGCGGUGGCGAAUACGGAGAGAAAUGGCAUAACGGCGGACGCUUCUUUAACAAACAAAAUGUAUUCGAUGAUUUUCAAUGCGCUGCCGAAUAUUUGAUCGAGAAUAAAUACACUACGUCUUCGAAACUUAGUAUUUUAGGUGCUAGCAACGGUGGUCUGUUAAUUGCCGCGUGCGUCAAUCAAAGACCAGAUCUUUUUGGUGCUGCAAUUGCUCAAGUUGGUGUGAUGGAUAUGUUGCGUUUCCAUAAGUUUACUAUCGGCGUUGCCUGGGUAUCUGAUUAUGGUAGUUCGGACGAUCCGAAACAUUUUGAGAAUUUGUUAAAAUAUUCGCCGUUGCAUAAUGUUAAAGUACCGGAAAGUGGACAAUAUCCCGCGACAUUGUUACUCACUGCUGAUCAUGAUGAUCGAGUAGUACCAUUGCACAGUUUAAAGCUCAUUGCUACCUUGCAAAACACUCUAGGAAACUUGCCGCAACAAACGAAUCCUCUAUUAAUUAAGAUUGAGACUAAAGCUGGCCAUGGCGGCGGAAAACCAACUAUGAAAGUGAUCGAAGAAAGUACUGAUAUUCUAGUAUUUAUUGUCAAAUCUUUGGGCUUAGAAUUCAAAUUAUAACAUAUACAGAAAAGCUAUUAACAUUUUUAUAUUUUAUACUACGUAUAUGUAAGCGCUUUGAGACAAUUCUGUCCUCGGUCUUUCGCAUUUUUUCUCCGAUUCCAGUAUUAUUCUCCUAUUGAGCGUGUAUCACGCGAUUACUAUGGUACAAAAUCCUAGAGUCAAUAACAUAAAAAUGAAGAAGCUGCUUGAUUUCUAUCAAUAACGAUGGACAGAAUUGUUUCGAUAAAUUUACAAAAGAAUAUGCUGUGUAAUGAAAAGUGUUCCGACACUGUUUUAUCGUAUGUAUUGCAAAGCGGUACGAAAUAAUCUAGAACGCUUUUUGGCAAGUUAUAACACAAAUUUCUAUUGUGUUCAAUAAAAGAAUACAUUUAUUGAUAUUAUAAA